AUGACGUACCCGCACCGCGCGCCUGCUCACCCUCCUCCAAGUCUACCUCCUCAUCCACAUCCUAACCCACCACAUCAUGCUCCACCCAAGAUUACUUCCGCGAUUCCUCCGCCCCAAGGGCCUUCUCCGGUGUACCACCAUCCCACCAAUUUGAAUCAUACUCCCGCAAUGCACGUACAAGCCCAUCCUCCGAAUGUGCACCCCACACCACCUCCAAACCCGCCACCCGGAUAUCUUAUGCUUCCCAUUCCGUUCCCCGUGAGACCGCUAUUCAAUAACAUUCUCAAUGCGCCGGACAAUAUCGGAGAGAUGAGACGGCGAUUUUUCCUUCUAGGGACACCAAUAAUCCAAUCCCAUUACGAACAUGAGAUAUACUGGCCGUUCAUGGACAACUUCUGGGUGCGGAACAAAGUCAAAGACUCUGCAGAUUGUAGGACAGAGUAUUACUGGUGCCGAUUGUUCAGGAAGCAGGAUCAAAAAUCCGCCGUUCCCCCCGAACUACGAAAGCGAAAAUGCUCCAUUCGCAGCGCUGUGGGAUGCGAGAUGAAGCUCCGGAAACGCUUCUGGAGGGAUGGCACCGUCGAGAUCUCAAAUCACGGAACAUGCAAUCAGCACUGCCAUUCAAUGGACGAGAUGGACCAGAUCAAACGCAACUCCGCCGUUAGGCUUGCGAUUGGCAACGAAAUCGGCAAAGGAUACAGACCCACCGAGGUGAAAAGGGUGCUGCUACAGAAUCGGGAAAUUUUAACCGCUGCUGGCGGACAGUGUAUCACGAUAAAAGACUGCCAUAACGCCGCGCUAGUACAUAAUAAGGAGCAGAAAGAGAAUCAAACAUCAGCAAAGGGGGACGAUCAGCCGGAAGUACAGGAGAAUAUUCAGGAUGACGAUGAACCUAUGCUGGGGUCUGUGCUUGAAGACAACAGCCGUGUGGGGCCAGAAGCCACAAAAGAGCAGAGCAGCAGACUGCCAAUGGAGGGUCAGCUGCAAGUGGCGGGGCAAGACCAGCAAGAGCCGGGUGGAUCUGGAGCUCAUUUGGCUGUGUCCACAGCCCUAGAGCUGACGAGAGAUAUAAACGGCGAACCCGAUGGGCAAACUAAUCAGGGCUAG